UUGGUCAGAGCUGCUACACAAACAUCUGGGUACCAAAUUCUCCAAGGUGGGAAAGGACAAGACGGCCCUUCUACAGCCGGAAGCGGCGGUGGAGGAUAUUAUGGUGGGCUUGGGGGAUCGGUUUCUGUUGUAGGAGAUUCUGAAUUUACUUCGGGUGGUAGCGGUGGUAGCUCCUUUAUUAGCGGCCACCCAGGCUGUAUUGCAAUGAAUGCUCGAGGAAGCUCACUAGGAACCAGUAUGCAUCCUUCUGGAUUCUUCUUUGAAAAUACUGUAACAAUCCAGGGAAAUUCUGAAAUCCCAUCACCAACUUCAAUCAAUCGUGUUGAGGAUAUUGGACAUGUGGGAAAUGGUUAUGUACGUAUUACUGUUCUGGACUCUGCUUGCAUGAGAUCUUGCAAUAUUGCUGUUUUUAAUAUAAGAGGUUUUCUCUUCAUCCUUGAAUUUAUGUUCAUUAGCUAA